AUGGAACAAAGUAUUUUACACAAAUCCUUCGACUCUAGUCUUGCCUGGUUCCUUGCAUUUAUCGUUGUAGCAAUUAUUCUGCUCCUAGUACUCCUAACUGUGAUAUGCAUCCUAGCCUACCUUGUUUAUCGGCUUCGCCAAAAAGUUGCUUCAGUACCCCCAGACGAUGGCAUCAUCUAUGGAUAUUCAAACAAACACGCCGAACUAAUGGAAUAUCGCAGUAGUCAGGAGAUAAGUAAUGCCUCUCUUAUGGACCCCUGGAACACAGGCUCAAAAUACAUAGUCCCUUGCGAUUGUCAGUGCCAGCAUGCAGAUGUGUCUGAAUUACGGAAAAGUAACUUUAGUGGAUGUGGAGUGCAAUUCCACACCUAUCCAAAGGUAGGCUUUCCCCGUAAGGGAGACCGGUGGCUCAGAAGGGUGCUGUCUCAACCAGUCAGUUUCCGCUUCCUUCAACGUCCACUGCCUUUGCUGGCCGAAUCCAGAGGAAAAGUGGACAUACCAAAGAACAGGAGGGUCGAACGCUUACUGCAGGAGGCGACACAGCAAGGGGAAGUGAACCUCACUUGGCCACGGGAACCAUCUUGA